AUGUCGAAGUUUAGUGUUCUGGAUCUCGCACCGGGGCUUGGUGGAAAGACCGAUGUCCUCACAGCCGUUGAUAAGUAUGAGAAAUAUCAUGCUAUCCAUGGUGGAGAAGUUGUUGAGAGAAAAGAAAACUAUAGUGAAAUGGUUAACACAUAUUAUGAUCUUGCUACUCGCUUUUAUGAGUUUGGAUGGGGAGAAUCAUUCCAUUUUGCCCACAGAUGGAAAGGAGAAUCUCUUCGGGAGAGUAUAAAACGACAUGAGCACUUCAUCGCUCUGCAGCUUGACGUUAAACCAGGAUACAAGGUGCUGGAUGUAGGAUGUGGAAUUGGUGGUCCAAUGAGAGAAAUUGCACGCUUUAGUAAUGUGUGCGUUACUGGAGUCAACAAUAAUGAAUACCAGAUAAAAAGAGGCAAGAAACUAAACCAGCUUGCUGGUCUGGACCAAGCUUGUAACUUUGUCAAGGCUAACUUCAUGCAAAUGCCAUUCCCUGACAACAGUUUUGAUGCGGUGUACGCGAUAGAAGCAACCUGCCAUGCACCUGAUGUGUAUGGAUGCUACAAAGAGAUUUACAGAGUGUUAAAGCCUGGACAACAAUUUGCUCUCUAUGAGUGGGGCCUCAACGAUGCAUUUGACCCCAAUAAUGAAGAACAUCAGAAGAUAAAGGCAAUGGUAGAGAUUGGAAAUGCUAUUCCCGAGAUAAGACCGGCUACGAUAUGCCUCGAUGCUUUGAAGCAAGCAGGUUUUCAAGUAAUAUGGGAAAAAGAUCUCGCAAAGGAUUCGCCUGUCCAGUGGUACUUACCUCUAGAUACAACUCAUUUUUCACUUCUCAGCUUCCGCGUUACAACCGUUGGAAAAUUUCUAACCGAAAAACUGAUGAAGGCCUUAGAAUACGUAAGAAUCGUUCCAGAAGGAACCCAAAGAAUUCAAGCUCUACUAGAAAAAGCCGCAAAUGGGUUGGUUGAUGGUGGAAAGAAAGAGCUUUUCACGCCAAUGUAUUUCGUCUUAGCUCGAAAGCCAGAUUCAGAAAACAAGCAAUUGCACUUCGUAAAUCGAGACGACUAA